ACAGCUGUUUGGGAAGUGACAAUACAAAAUACAUUUGUCUUUGCUCUUUGGCUUCUCAGUUGUUUAUAUAUUUUGAGGUUACAUUAUUUUGUAUAUAUAAACAAACAGAAAAAACUUUGGCUUUGGUGGUGUUGUUGUUUGGUCCAUCGCUCUUUUGGGAGGAUCAAAGUUGCCCUUGUGCAUACAAAUGCUCGUUGAUACAAACCCACAGGCAUAGAAUAAAGAGUAGUACAUAGGUAUUUCGGGGAGCGUAAACGGUUCGCUUUCUACAGCGGACACAUUGGUUCUUAUUUAACAUUUUUAGUUUCAACGAAUGCAGAAACGAUGUUUGAAAGUAUUCGAGAUAAAUUUCAAACUGUACAGGAAGGUAUUACGGCUAGUUUCAGAGGCUUGUCGGUGAGGGAGCGUCAGGAGGAGCCGCCCGCGGGCGACCCGUCGGUGAACUACAACGCGGGGGCAGAGCUGCUGCACCACUACCAGACGGAGUGGAGCCAGUUGCACCAGCAGGCGGAGGAGAACGCCAAGGAGGCGGAAAUUGUGGAUGCGCUGAUUGGCCGGCUGCACCAAGGGUUCGAGAAGCAGUGGAAGGACGUCGGCCGUCUGAGCUUGUGCCUGGCGGCUGUCCCCCAGACUCUCAACAGCGUGCAGCAGCUCAUGGAGCAGCUAGGCACCCUGCAGGAACUGUUUGAGGACGUGGAGAGCGCGCUGGUCAGCCUGGAGGACGUCAUCGAGACUCAGGACCUGCAGGAGAAGCAGCUGGAGCACAGGUUCCAGUUCGCGCUCUACAAGGUGAAGAAGCUCGACGAGCUCGACUCCCUCAGAGUGGCGAUGGCGAAGGAGCACUCUGAGAAAGUCAUCCAGCACGAGCUGAAGCAGCAGCAGGUGCUGAAGGAGCGGCAGGAGAUCUUCGAGGAAGCCUUCAUCCAGGACGUCGAGGAGUUUAAGACUUCAGGCAGCGUGCCGAGCAAGGUGGAGACCAAGGGCGCAGGGGCCCCGCCCUCGCUGGAGGAGGUGGUGCUGGACCCAGACCUGGCCGAGCUGGAUGACUUCCUCGGCGAGACGGUAGCCGGAGCCCCGGCCACGCACGACGCGCCCGCCGCUGACGACGACACUCCUGCCCGUUCGCCGUGCGACGCUCACCGAGUGUGACAUUUGUACAUGCAUUUUACUCAUUAAAAUAUACAUUAUA